GUUGGUAUCCUCUCGAACAGGCACGCGCACUGGCUCAUGGGAAAGAAAAGAGUAACUUGGCGGUUAGCUUGAAUUAACAAACAAACCAUGUAGACGUCAAAGGCGAGCUAAUAAACAGAUAAAUUAUUGAAACUAGGUGUCAGAAGUAAGCUGUUGGUUUAAUGUUUCUUUAAAAUAUGCGCUGUAGGCGCCGGGAAACAGUAUGAAUGACGGGAGGAAGAACUGCAGCUCGACGCCGGAGGAAAACCAGACUGAGAUACUGAGAAUAACACAAAACAAAUUAAAACUAAACAGGCUGAAGAGGAGCCCGAAAACAAACCAGACUCCGAAAUCAGACUUUACUGACUUUAGAGCUGAAACCGAUUUCAAAACACCAACCCGUGUACCGAAGGUGGGUUUCAGGAGCUUUGUUACUGAAGAAUCUCCAAACAACGAUUCUGAACUUCAGCAUGAAAUCAUCUGGGAUCCAACGUCACCCGCGACUCCCGUCAGGACAGGACGGGGCCGGAGGAGGACCGCUGUUUUCAAAUCAAUGGACAUAUCAGACAUCGUCAACAGGAUAGCUCCAAAGAACAAGAAGCUGGAGGAGGCGGAGUCUUCUUUGCUGCAGUGGAUUGGGGACACGGCUGUUCCGUGCACACCAGAAAUCCGAGAGCCCAGGACCAAGCCCAAACCAACAAGACAAAACCCUGUGGCUGACCUGCUGAAGUUAGCGAAGCAGUUCGACUUCAACAUGAUCCAACAGGAGGAAGCUCAUCUCCAACCAAACCCUCAGAGCUCUGCGGAAGCCAUGCAUGAAGACCAUGAUCUGUUUUUCAAUGAGAACGACCCACCAGCUUCACCACAGACACACUCUGAAGCUAAGAGACCACCACUGGGUUUGGAGGACACCAGAAUGAACGGCAAUGAUCCUCUGGGUGAUCUGGGUCCCAUACAGGAAUUGGAUGAUGAUCUGGAUUUGCUCUUCGAGGGUUCGACGCAGGAGGUCAGCGGCGGCCUGAGCCAGGGUUUCAGCGCUCGUUCUCAGGACGCGGCUAAAGUUUCGCCUAAGCGUGGUGUGAAUCUUGCUGCUAGAGCGAGCGCUAACUCGGUAAAUGUGUGUGGCGUCACUCGAACGGGCGGAGCUUCUGAAUCAAGCGCCGUUCGUGUGUGCGUGGCCGCACCAACACUCAGCACGAUCAAGCAGCUGCGAGUAGCUGAUGAUUUUGAUGACGACUGGAACAAUGAUUUGCUGGACGACUCACUGGUGAUGGAGAUGACCCAAAACCCGGAGCUGUUCUCCGCACCUCAGUGCAGCUCGACACAGAAACAGACGAACAAAAACAGUGGCUCAGCAAACACCGUUUACCGCCGGAAUGGUGAUAAAAAAGCGAAGUCUGGAGAAGUGCAAAGGUUGAAUCAGAGACUUGAGAGCUUUCAGUGUGGCCAACACUGGAACAAGGCUACAGGAAAUGAGAAUGCUAGGCAAAGUGGAUUUCAUGCAAAAAAGGGUCCAGAAAUGCAGGUUUUUUCUUCCAGCAAAGUUCCAUCAAUGGUUCCUGGUUCCCAUAGUGUAUCUAAAACUAAUUAUCAACCCAAGAAAACAAUGGAAAUCCAACGACCAUUAGCAACCACCAGUGCUAACUCCACGUGGAAGGUUCAAUCUCAGACUACAACCUCUUUAGUUUCCAGAUCAGACCCGUCUAGAUCUGUUCCCUCAGCCACAAUCGCAACAACUCCCAAUUUCAGGAUCAAUAAGGUCACUGAGGAGAAGGAAAGCCACCCAACCGUGGAGGACGAUGUCCUUGGUGACCUCGCAGCCGAGGACCUGGACUCCAUCUUUGCGUCAGAUGACAUCUGGGACGACGGGGCAGACGACGAUGACCUGUUCUGCGAAGCAUGUGGGAAGGUGGAAGAAUCCAUGGCUGAACCGGAACCUCCUCCGAAAGCAUCCGUAUCAAAAUCGGCACCACAGAGCAGUCGUGUGCAGAGUGGUCAGAACACCAUGGGUAAAUAUGAGAGUGUGUUUGUGCGGCCGUCUCCAUCUAACACUCAGGUUUAUGACCGCAGCUCUACUGGGAACCGAGCGCCAUUGAAUACCGAAGUUCUUCCUGGAGCACAUAAUAAUAACGCUUCAGCACUGGACAAGAGUACGAUGAAGUCGUCUGAGAGAAAGUACAAAUUUAGCCAUGUUAAAAGCACUACAGGAACAGGAAGUGCCGCCUAUAAUGCCGCUAGACAGGUUAGUGAGAGCACCACGCCAACCACCGUGCAAUCAUAUCAAAGAAUUCAAGAGAACCAUCAGUUCAAAAAGCCUUAUAGCACCUUUAAUGCUGCACCGGCUGUUUCCAAAGAUGUGAGUAAAGCGGUGGUGACGAGAUGCAGUGACGCUGAGAUCGAGAGGAAGAAGCAGCAGGCCAUGGAGAGGCGGAGACUCCGAAUGCUGGCCAAUCAGAACCUUCAGGCUCCUGUAUGACAUCCUGUAACCAUGAAGAUGCACGAAACUGACCCGGUGAUAGUGGCAGGUCUAAACUGUCCAGCGCUCUGAGCGCUAAUUUGCCACGUUUGGAGAUAAAACACUGGCCUGGAUCUUCUCACGGUCAGUUGUUCUGAACAGAAUCUCUAACAGCUGAGUCUCAGCAGGGGCUCGUCAGCUGAAUGUGUUCUGCUCCGGACCUCAGAAAUCCACGCUGUAGCUACAGGAAAUCAGGGGACGUUUGGAAUUUUUGCAGCACAUCUGUCUGUCUGGCACUUUUGAAUGGUUGUAGUGUUCGUAUGAAAAUGUUCCUCACUGUCUCUAAGUCUUGACUGUCUUUCAAUUUUAUUCCUGAUGAAACUGGUCCUAAAUUUUUUUUUUCUUCUAUUUGUUUAGGUCUUGUAGAUAUGUGUAUUAUUUUUGUUGUACAGAUGAAAAAGAGAUCCAAACCUCCAAAUUCACUCGGUGAAUAAUAUUUUAAUAAUAAUGUUUUAUUCCCAUUCUAUUAAAAAUAUCAGUAAACCCCA